ACCAGAAGAGAGGACGCGAGGAGUAUAAAAUUGAGAUUCUCCCAUUGUUGCCAUUUAUCAACAUUACGUAUUGAUAUUGCACAUUAGCUUGUAAAUUGUAGACUAUUUACUACACACAGAGAAUAGAAAUCUGUAAUUUGGACUAGACAAGAUGGCCAGCUGCAAUUUUCAGUCGCAGUUGUUAUCCAUUAUGGAGGUAUUAGCUAAAGCAGCUGUAGCAGAAAUAAACAAACGUGUUGAUGAUAGCUGUGCAGUUAUACGUUUGGAAAUGACCCAAAGCCAGCAAGAUAUUGAUGUUCUGAAAAGGAAGUGUCAAAUGAUGGAAAGCGAGCUGAAGAAGACACGAGUCAGGAGAAAAGGUAGUAGAUGUGUUAUUCAUGAAAAAUUGUGUGUGAAUAUCUGACUGAAUACAAUUUUUAUUUUAUUUUUUACCCAUGGCAUCAGAGAGAUCGUCAUAUCCAGUCAAGAUUGUUUUGAACAAGCAAAGGAGUAAAUCACAGUGGAGAGAUGGAGAGAUGGCUGUUGAAGAGGACUCUCAAUCCCAGCCUACAGAUGUGGAGCAGAGAACAGAGACUGAACCCAUACUGAUCAAAGAUGAGGAGACAGCAGAGGAUGUGUGGAAAACGGACCCUCAGGAAGAGCUCAGGAUCACUGGAGAGGAGUCUGGUUCCAAGGCUGGACAACCACCAUCCUUUGAGCAACGGCGCUGUGACGAGGACUUCAUUUCACAACCCAACAUAUCUUCUGAAGACUCCGUGGAACAUUGCCCCAAUUCUGAUGGUCCAGAGGAACCAGGCACACCCCGGCUCACAUCUACAGAGGUGUUCAGCACAGAGCAGCACGGACCAGAUGAGGACUCACUAGAGCUAGUGAUGGUGAAGGAUGAGAAAGAGGAGGAGCUGGAUCAGACCACGGCCCUGGCAGGACCUGACCAGUUUGUCAUGGAUGAGACUGAUGGGCAGCUGUGGACCUCUGUGGAUCCAGGCAGAGACACUGACCCUGAUGGCCACCCAGAUUUCUCCUUUCAUGGCGCAGAAGAGUACUCUCAGAAUAUCUCAAUUUUUCCAUCUCACAGUGGGCUGCCAUCCCUUCCUACUAUGACAGAUGGUGUAGGGCCAUCGGUUCACUCUUCUAGAGGGAAACGACAUGCUAACAUGUUCAGUACAGCAGCACACAUGAAAAGACAUGUCAGGACAUUGGCUGAUGAGACUAGACAACAGAUGCCAGAAGGACAGAGCAGUGAGAUGCUGAACUCAAAUAAUGAUGGAAAUAGUUUAGCUCUACAGCCAAGGCAGCAUCAGUACAGGGCUUCAGAAUCAACAGUGAGAAUGAGUGAGUGCAUGACAGGGUCAAACAUGGCCACCACCUCCACCUUCUCUGGAUACAGCCUGAGUCGCAGUAGUUUUAACAUGGUGAAGAGAAUGAGGACUCAGUGGAGGUCGGGCGGCACCACUGAGAGGCGUUUCAGCUGCACCUUCUGUGGGAAGAGCUUCCAGCGUUUCAGCCAGCUCAAAGAACACCUCCGAAGUCACACCGGAGAGAAACCGUACACCUGCGAACAGUGUGGCAGGAGUUUCACUAAGCAGUGCAACCUGAUCAGACAUGCUGUGGUCCACAGCGGGGAGAAGCCCUACGAGUGCACACAGUGUGGGAAAUGCUUCACCCGGCGCUCCAGUAUGAAGUCACAUCAGAGAACUCACAUAGGAGAGAGUCCAGUGUCUCAAAAUGUGGUACCCGCAUACCCUGCGGAUCCACACACAAGUUUAAUGUUGUCUCAGACCAGAUGGAACAAAUAGUAACAUAAUUGUAUAAUUUUUUGGUAACAUUUUCUAUGUGAAAAUGUAGGCAGAAGUUAUUUUGAGACAUUCUGACAAGCUUUUCCUCUCUAGAUUUUUUUGACUGUUGACUGCACCUCACUUUCAUUUUCACAACCUAUUUACAACUGGUAACAUUGUGUAUUUGUACCACAAAAUCAUAAAAAACAUGUUUAUAUUCAAUUAAAAGAAUAUAUAUGAAAGAGUCA